AUGUAUUUGAAUUCGCACAAUGGCGGAAAAUCAAAUUUUGAUAAUUACGUGACGUCAAAACAAUUAUUAGAUAAUGGAAAAGAAAAAAUUUACUCGGAAAAUAUAAUAAUGAAAUUGGAAAAUCAAAAUCAAUACAUGUACCCGAAUAAAUCCGAUUUGAUUCCGCCAUAUUUGUUUACGAAAAGUUACCAUCAUUUGAACAAGCAACCCGGUGACGUCACGAGACACGUGUACGGAAAAUCAUCGGAAGGAUCGUGCAAGGGUGAUUUGAUGCAAAAUCAAAGGAAAAAAAGGAGCAGGGCGGCUUUUUCUCACUCGCAAGUUUACGAAUUGGAAAGACGAUUCAAUCAACAAAGGUAUUUAUCAGGUUCGGAGAGAACGGAUUUAGCGAACGCGUUAAAAUUAACAGAAACCCAAGUUAAAAUAUGGUUUCAAAAUCGCCGUUACAAAACGAAAAGAAAACAAAUGCAAAUGGCGGAUGUCAACGGUUCGGUGAGGAAUUCAAAUGCGGGAAGAAAAGUCGCCGUUAAAGUUUUGGUACACGAUAAUCAACAAAACGUUAACGGCGAGUCUGAUAAGGUUAUGACGUCAUUCCCGUAUCCACACAUACCUUUGCCCUACUAUUACUACCCGUUGUUUUGUCACUCGACGUGUUUAGACGAAGAAGUUGUUGACGGAAGGAAAAAAUCCCCGUCGUCACCAACUAGAUCCCCGUCACCAUCAUCCGGUGGUGAUAUCGAUGUCUGUAGCGAAGUUGAAUUGGAUUCACCCGUUAGCACGCCUUAUGCCGAUUCGAAUUAA